UUCAAAUCUUCUUCUUCUUCUUCGUCUCAAUCUCACAGGCGACAUGGUUGUGGCUUUACCAGAAUCCACAAACGACGCUUCUGGAAACGACCCUCUAUUGCCAUGGCUCUGGUCAAUCAAAAAAGCCCUUGAUGGCUUCAAUUCAGGUCACAAAAAUGGCAAAGAUCUCGAGCACCUUCUCUCCAAUUGCAUCACGACCUUCAAGGGCAACCCCCAGUACCGGAAUGAUCCCAGAUUUCUCAAGAUUUGGUUCCUCUAUUUGGAUGCGAGGGAAGAUUUUGCAAGCAUUUUCAGAGAAAUGGAAGAGAAUAAGAUUUGCGUUGGUCAGUCUUUGCUUUAUGAAUCAUAUGCCUUGUUUCUUGAAGCAAAAGGGAAGUUGCUCGAUGCGUUUAUGGUUUACCAAAUGGGGGUUUCGAGGAAGGCAGAGCCCCUUGAUAAGCUGAAAAAGGCACAAGCCUUAUUCAUGGAUAGAAUGAAGGAGAUUGUGAAUGCUUGCUCACUCGAGCCGAUUGAUGAUGGUGAAUCUGCUGAGCUUGGAACAAGUUUUACUAAUCCAUGGUCAAUCUCCACAAUUAAAGAUCUAUUGCAGAAGAAGAAGCCUCAAAUCUUGAAAUAUGAUGGAUACCAUCCAAGUACUAAAGCUUAUUCAAAAAAAGUGGCUCUAUCUUCUUUGCAGAAUUCAUCAAGGAAUAAGAUCAUUGAGAUAGGUGGAUAUAAGUACCAGAUCAAGGGAUGUGCUGGUAAAGGUGGAUUUGCUCAAGUAUUCAAAGCAUAUGUCAACUAUAAUCCUGAUGAAGUUGUUGCAUUGAAAAUACAAAAGCCUGCUUUCCCAUGGGAGUUCUACAUGUAUCGCCAACUUGAUAAACGUAUCCCAGACAAGGAAAGGUCAAGCUUUGGCUUUGCUCACAGAUUACAUCUCUAUUCUGACUGUAGCAUACUAGUUAGUGAAUAUCUAGCUCAUGGUACACUUCAGGAUGCCAUAAACUCUUAUGUAGUUAUUGGUGGGUCCAUGGAAGAAGUGUUAUGUAUUUAUUACACUAUAGAGAUGCUCUACAUGCUGGAAACUAUCCAUAGUGUUGGCAUUAUUCAUGGUGAUUUCAAGCCUGAUAAUCUGCUUAUUCGUUAUAGCAGGCAUGAUCUUACAGAAGAAGAGUUUCACGAGCGAUGUGGCCCUUGGCGUGAUCAGGGACUUUGUCUUGUUGACUGGGGUAGGGGGAUAGACCUAAGUCUCUUUCCUAACAAUACAGAGUUUAAAGGAGACUGUCGGACAUCUGGUUUUCGGUGUGUGGAAAUGCAAGAGCACAAGCCAUGGAAAUUUCAGGUAGACACUUAUGGCCUUUGUGUUAUUGUCCACAUGAUGCUGCACAAUUCAUAUAUGGCAAUUGAGAAGAAACCAUCUUUUGAUGGUGGCUAUAUUUAUCAACCUAAAUCACCUUUUAAGCGAUAUUGGAAUGUUCAGCUAUGGAAGAAUCUGUUUACAAAACUGCUGAACUCAAGUCCCCACGAGGAUCACAAUAGGUUGCUGCAGAAUUUGAGGGAGUCCUUCCAGGAUUACAUGUGCUCAAACCCUCAGCUGAUAAAGAAACUCAAGCAUUUACUAGUGAAGCAAAGGGCUUCCUUGUGUUGUGCUUAGUAUAUGACCCAUCAUUUCUCCUUGAUUCUUCAUAUAGUAACCUUGCAAUUUCGCUUUGAAAUAUAAGGUCGGUCCUGGAAUCUUUUCUUCAUCCAUCUGGUAUUUACUGAUACUGCUCUUCCCUGUAAAGUUAGUCCCAGCAUAAAAGGGGAGUUGGUGGGUGGUAAUGGAGAAACCAUAUCUGCACGGGAGCUAACUAGUGUGUUAUAAGCUGGUAGGUUUCUUGCCUACCUUAAAAUUCUUGAUGUUAAGUGUAAUUGUUGUUUUGUUGAUGAACAGGAUGUGUAUCAUAUAUAUGUUUGUAUGAUUUGUAUUUAGUAUCUUCAACAUUCUUAACAUAACUUCAAUGCAAGAUAGACAGAAAAUGGGCAUCAUUACAAGAUCUGCAUAAA